UGCCGUGCGGUUUGUUCCGUGUUUUCGCUUGCCAGCAGGAGGCUAAUUCCUUCUUUAGCGGUGCGUAUCGAUUCUAAACAAAGUGCAAACUGUUCGCCGGUGCUUCAGUGCAGGUGCACUUUUGAUUUUGAGGAAGUUACAAGUGCUUUUUCAAGGUUAAUUCAUGAAAAUAAUCAUGAGAUUAUGUGCUUGAAAAGUGGAUAAAAUAAAAAUAAGAAAUCAUUUGAAAUAAGUGAAUCGCCAUAGGAGAAAGUCCAGUGCGUUGUGUUGUGGAACGAAAAGGACACGUUCGGAUAACGAAAAACCGUGAAAAUGGUUGUAAUGAAAGGGAUUUACUUGGCCGUGAUCGUUCUAGUGGCUAGCAGCAGUUUCUACAGCAACCAAGUGAAGGGAGAACAGGAGGACGAUGAUGAUUAUUACGACUCAAGAGAGCGAGUCCUGGAGACAUCGUAUCAUGGGCUUAUCAAAGAAAACGAAACAUUCGUUGAAAUCACGCCUCUGAUUAAAGUCGAUGAAACAAAAAUCUGCGGCUUCCACAUAAUCAAGAAAAAUAAAGAAAUCCCGUUCCAGAUCGAGCUAGUGAACGAACUGGGCAUUCUGAAGGCGAAGAAAUCGCUGAAUUGCGAAAAGCGCAAAAACUACAAAUUCGACAUUACGGCGGUUUUUUGCGAUGGAUCGCACUCCAAGAGCGCAAACGUUCACAUCUCGGUGAUUGACAUCAAUGAAUAUUCGCCAACAUUCCUACAGCCAUCGUACGUCACAGAGGUGGACGAAGGACGUUUGUAUCAGGAAAUCAUCCGUGUGGAAGCGACAGACAAAGAUUGCACGCCACUGUUCGGCGAUGUGUGCAAGUAUGAGAUUCUCACCAGUGACCAGCCAUUUACGAUCGAUAAUGAGGGCUCAAUCCGGAACACGGAGCCGCUGUCCCACAAAGCAUCGCACAACCAUAUUCUAUCGGUGGUGGCCUACGAUUGUGCUAUGAAACAAUCUGCCCCGGUUAUGGUCAACAUCCGUGUCAGGCGAGUGUGCGAGGCCCACGUCAUGGGAGUGGCCGAACGCAUCGAUUACAUUGCCAACUCAAUGGAAAGUGUAUCACUGUUCCCCAAGAUUCACCUCGAACUGUGUGAUAUGCAGUGCAAGGGGGAGGAUAUGGUUAUCCAAUCUUCGGUGUCACUCAAGACUAAGCAUAUCUCUUUCGGAUGCGAUCGAGACGCCAGUCAGUGUCUGAAGAAGCUCAGUGAAGAGGAACGAAUCGAAAGUGGCUUGGUGGAUUUACUUCAGAAAAAUACAGAUUGGACCAAGGAUUUAGUAUACGAUGAAGGCAGUGAGUCUAUCUUCCAUUUUGAUGGAAGCUCAGGAGCAGUAAUUCCGAGAAGUCUUUUGAAAUCAGAAGAUUUUGCUGCGCAUUCGUUCAGCAUCAUGACAAUGUUCAGGCACCACAGUAUUGCAUCUAAUGAUAAACACAGCAAGGAACAUAUUAUUUGCAGUGCCGACGACCAUAAAAUGAACCGUCAUCAUAUGGCACUUUUUGUUAGAAAUUGUAGACUUAUUCUUUUGUUGCGCAAAAAUUUCAACGAUGGGGAUUUGAACAUUUUCAGCCCUGCCGAAUGGCGUUGGAAGAUUCCACAGGUUUGUGAUAACGAAUGGCAUCAAUACACAAUCAAUGUUGAUCUUCCGAAAAUUGACCUCUACAUCGAUGGUGUCAAAUUCGAAAGCAACGUUGAAGAUCGCCACAGUAAUCCAGAAGUCAUUGAUGAUUGGCCUCUGCAUGCAGCCCAUGGAAUUAAUACUACGCUUACAAUUGGAGCUUGUUAUCAGGGUUCUGAAAAUAGAUUAAAACAUGGUUUCAGUGGAGAUAUUUCUGAAAUUAAACUGUCACUUAAAAAGGUUCUAACGCCAAAUCAAAUUCGGUGUGGAACUGACUGUUCCGAAAAGCUUCUACCUCCAGCAGAUCACUAUCUAGAACCAGAACAGCAAAUCCAAUCCAACACGCAAAUGAAUAAAAUAAUUAUUGAAGGCAGUAACAAAAGUAACAUUGAACAGCUAUUGCAACAAAUCCAAUAUAUCAACAACAAAGAAAAUCCAACAAUAGGCCGCCGCAACAUUCAAAUUAUGACUACAGUGAGUUGCCCAAACAAAAAAGCUAUCCGAUUGCCCACAAUUGAUACUUAUAUCAUGAUCACGUCUCCUUCUAAUUCAUCAACAAUGGCAACUGCAUCUCCAAUGUACCAGAAAAUUCUCGUCGAUAAACCUCUGACCAUUGACCAAAAGCCACAAAUUGUAAUUACCGGAAACUCUAACCAUCUGGUAUCUUAUCCCGAUAUCAAAGAUGGAGUUAAAAUUCUUGCACAAGUUAACAUCAGCAUCUACACGGGCAAAGAAAUCCGUCCAUCUUUACAAAAGUUAGACUCUUGCAAUGUUAACGUUUUUCCAAGUCUAAAUCCCGACCAUGAAGAGAUAACUGUAGAUGACAAGGAUGGAACCGAUGAAUCUCUGUUCAAGUUCGACAUCAAAACCAAAAUCAGCAAAGACGGUGUCGAAAUGAUUGGCUACGACACUAUCGAAAACUAUCAGUACAUCAUGAAAUCCUUGGUGUAUAUCAACAAAAAGCCUGCUUACUAUCUAAACCGGGUAUUCAAGCUUACCUGUUCACAAGUGGAUGAUCAUUUCCGGAGCGCCGAAUAUACACUCACAUUAACGGUGCUUCAUCCAAAGCAGCAACCGACACCUUCGUCAACUCUGAUGGCCGUGCCUUCAGUGCUGUCAACUGCCUCAAAUGAUGGUCAAGCACAUUCGAGCAUCGCCGUAGCAGCCGAUUCGCAUGAUGCAAACCAGUAUGCCCAUGCGAUGCUCCAUUCGCACGACAUCCAGGAGUCGCAGUCUAAGGUUCACAACAUAGCGCACGAGAAGGCCCAAUUGGCGUCGUCUCAUUCGACCAUGUUGAUCGUGGUCAUAUGUGCGUCGUUUGUGUUACUGAUCUGCGGCGUCGGGAUCGCUCGCCUGCGGAACAAUGGCGGCAGCAGCAGUAGCCAUUCCCGAAAUCUAGACAAGCACCAGCCUUGUCCCAAGGUGGCUCCAGAACAGCAACUGGACUGGGACGACUCAGCCCUAACCAUAACCAUCAACCCCAUGCAGAACGACAACCUCUCAGAUGAAAGUUCCGAGUCGGAAAACUCCGACUCCGAAGAUGAGGAGGUUAUCAACGGGCGUUACAAAAACGUCAGCCAGCUGGAAUGGGACAAUUCAACAAUCUAAAUGGAUACAUCAAGAAAUUUUAAAUUAUGGAAAAUUUAUUGCAUAUUUUAAAAUUAAUAAAACCAACAAAUGUGAGAACAAGCAAAAUUGCGCCAUCCACUUUCCAAUCUUGACACACAAAACACAAACAAACACACAGUGGAAAAAUACAGAUAACUUACACACCAAUACACAAAUAUCCACAUACACACCCACACAAAAAAAACACUCUAGGAUAUGCAAUAGUACGAUAUUAAGGUAAAAACCGGCGUUAGCUGGGGCAGGCAAAAAAAGAAAA